UGAGCUAUGUUUACAAAGAUUGUGCUAAAGAAUGAACGUUAUAAGCAUUGGCGGCUCGGCUCGGAUGCUAUCCAAGAUUUUUGUAAACAAAAACAGCGUGCGAAAGAUGGCUGGUGGUGGUGUUGGUCUGCAACUUGCUGGUAGACUGGCGCUUGUGACCGGUGGUGGCAGUGGAAUUGGCAGAUCAAUAUGUGAAGUCUUUGCCAGAAAUGGUGCCAGUGUGGUAGUAGCUGACAUUAGUGUUGAUAAUGCUUCACAAGUAGCAAACAACCUGGCAACAGAUUCAGGACCAGACAUCAAGCAUCAUAGCUGCAGCGUGGAUGUAGGUGAUUCAAAUGCAGUGAAGCAGAUGGUCAAGGAGACCAUGUCCUUAUAUGGUCGUGCACCAUGCAUUGCUGUCAACUCUGCUGGAAUCACUAAAGACAGCUUUAUGGUGUCUAUGGAGGAGUCUAGCUUUGAUGAGGUCAUCAGAGUAAACUUGAAGGGAACAUUCCUUGUAACUCAGGCAAUCAGUGUUGCAAUGCUAGAGCAAGGAGUUGAGAGAGGCUCUAUUAUAAAUUUAGGGAGCAUCUCAGGCAAGGUUGGCAACAUAGGACAGUGUAAUUAUGCAGCAUCCAAGGCAGGAGUAGAAGGCCUAACCAAGUCAGCAGCCAAGGAACUUGCCUUGCAUGGUAUCCGUUGCAAUGCAGUUCUUCCAGGUUUCAUAAAAACACCCAUGACAGAAACAGUACCUGAAAAAGUUGUGUCAAUGAUGAAGAAGAUGAUUCCUGCUGGGCGAAUGGGUGAGCCGUCUGAAGUUGCUGAGGCUUGCCUGUUCCUGGCAUCGGACCAAAGUGGCUACAUCACAGGCACAACAAUAGAAGUAACAGGAGGACUAUUUGCAUGAUGUCUUUCAAGAUUUAUAUAAAUAUUAAUUUAUAAAUGGCUUAAGGAUUUCCAAAAAUAUGGGAAAACUAAAUUUAAUUCAAGUUUUUGAAAUAGAAAAUUACAUCAAAUAGACAAUUAAAGUUAUAUGAAAAAAUAAUAGUUAUUAAAUUUUCAUCAUGCCAA